AUGGGCUCCCCGAGCGCCGAAACCCAGUACGAUAUGCCGGCCUCAGGCGCUGUUGCGGCCGCUCCGGCAGCACCGACCGCACCGACUGCUCCGAAUACUCCGGCCGCCCCCGCCACGGCCCCUCCCCGGCCCGGCGCAACGGACGACGUCGUGAUGCAGAUGCCCACCUGGCGCAAAUGGGUUACCCUCGCCGUCGUCUGCUGGAUGGCCCUGCCCGUCACCUUCUCCGGCAGCUCGAUCCUCUCGGCGACGACCGAGGUGGCCGCCGACUUCGGCACGUCGACGCACGCCAUCAGCACGGCCAACGCCGGCGUCUUCGUCGCCAUGGCGCUGUCGGCGCUCAUCUGGCUGCCGGCCAGCACGAUCCUCGGCCGCCGGACGACGUACCUCGUCGCCAACGCGCUGCUGACGCUGUGCUCGGUGGGCUCGGCGCUGGCGGGCAGCUUUGCGCUGUUCACGGCCAUCUGGGUCGUCGGCGGCACGACGGGGCCCUUUUUCCUCGUGGCGGGCCAGACGAUCCUGGCCGACAUUUUCGAGCCGACGACUCGUGGUACGGCUGUCGGGUUCUUCUUGGGCAGCUGCGUCGCGGCCAACACGAUAGCCCCGCUGACUGGCGGCGUCAUCGUCAACUUCACCAGCUGGCGCGUCAUCUACGGCGUCCAGGCGGGCAUGGCGUUCCUCGGCCUGAUCAUGGCCUUCUUCUUCGUCCCUCGGGCCAGCGAGCUGGCCAAGCACCAGAUCGCGGAAAAGACGCCGGUGCGGUCCCUGAGAGACCUCGCGCAUGCCUUCAACCCGAUGGGGGUCUUUCGUCAGUUCCGGUACCCCAACAUCCUCGCCGCCAACUUCGCCUGCGGCCUGCUGGGCUUCAACCAGUACGGCCUCCUCAGCUCGAUCCGACGCGUCAUCAACCCCCGGUUCGACCUCACCUCGCCCCUCAUCAGCGGCCUGUUCUAUCUCGCGCCGGGCGCCGGGUUCCUGAUGGGCAGCACCAUCGGCGGCCGCGUCUCGGACCACACGGUCAAGCGGUACAUGCGCAAGCGCAACGGGCUCCGGCUGCCGCAGGACCGGCUGAAAAGCAGCCUGCCGGCCAUCUUCCUCGUGCUGCCCGCCGGCACGCUGGUGUUCGGGUGGAGCCUGCAGAGGGAGGCGGGCGGGAUGGCGCUGCCCAUCGUCAGCUCCUUCUUCGAGGGCCUCGGACUCAUGUGGUCGUUCAGCGGGCUGAACACGUACUCCGCCGAGGCGUUGCCCGAGCACCGUACGGCCGUCAUCAGCGGCAAGUACAUCAUUCAGUACAGCUUCGGGGCAGGCAGUGUCGGCGGGCUGGUGCCCAUGAUAGAUGCCAUCGGGGUAGGGUGGUCGUUUACGAUUACUGCAAUCUCGGCCCUGUUGGCCGGAGUCUUGGUUUUGAUGAUUUCGAAAUUUGCAUCGCGGGCGCAGGACUGGGUGGAGAAGAGCAACAGCGACGAUAACGACGAAUGA